AUGGUGCUGAGCGAUGUUGCCGGUGUCGCAGAAGAAGUCGCCGCUGGCUUCCGUCGCUUUCGUGACUUUCUCCCAGAACAUAGUACCGAAAUAACCGGCCUGAUUGCCGACCUGUUCACGAUCAGUACAUUCCUGAAAACGCUAGAGGAGCUGUCACGGCACCACCACCACGGAGCUAUUUUCAAUGUCGCACGUUCAGAUGUGGACCUCGUUAGUGACAGUUUGCAAUAUACUCUUGAUGAUAUUGUUGAAUUCUUCGGCGACUUAGACGGCCGUAGAGGCUUGACUAGUCGAAGUGCAUAUAAGCGAGCUUGGGCAGGCAUGUCCCAGUUUUUCAUGGACGAGUCGGGCGAGACUCUAUCCCGUCGAUUAACCAAUUACAAAGGGUUCUUGAGAGAAUUGGAGGACUUGAUCAAGGAAGCUGGACCCGACUACUUGUUCAUGUCUCGCCUGCGCGAACAGUUUCAAGAACUGUUAGUAAAACAGGAUGGCCAUCUCGCUCGGCGUCUCGGCGCAUUGUCCGUGAGCUCCUCGUCCUCAAGCAGCAACAGCACCGCCCCAAACAGCCCAAUGGGUGAUCGUAAACCUCGCACUCGCAGGUCUUAUGAACGAGCCCGGCCGGUGCAUCUCUCACCAGUACCUACUUCACCUUCCUCAGGGUCUUUUCUCGACAUCCCACUUCCCCGAGCUCCCGCCGUCCCAAGCUCGCCUGUGACUAGCUCCGCGGCCAGUCAUUCAUUGGGUUCUAAUAUAGCGAACGAACACUGGGCAGCGCAGGUGUUCUUUCAACCGCGUACGGAGACGCGGCUUCCAGCAAGGGGCGAUAGGUGCAUUUGCUAUGGGGAUCCACAGCCCGACUUGUUUGAAUGGCUUGAUGCUGAGGACUUCACAAAACUCCUUGAAUUGUCUUUCGGCGGCAACUUUCGCGUGCUUUUCUAUGUUCGGGAUGACGACCACCGUGCUCGCAUUGUAUGCGGCCAGUCUGGAGAUUAUUAUUGCCUUCCAUUGAACUUGCUGGAGAUCAACAGGCGCGGCCCGUCAUGCCUGAACCUAUGCCGACGCCGCAGGAGCGGCUCCGAAUUGGUGGUUUGGGCGAACCUCAAAUUCAGCACAAUUGAAAUGAUGGUGCUUUUCUUCUGCACAUUCCUGGCGCUUCGCUCUCAGGAUUCAGGCCGGCCUGUGUCGCAGAUUCGUGACUAUGAGCUUUUCCACGAACAGGAGCUCUUUGCAUCGGACACUGUCACCGGUGCAGUAAGGCUCCAAGCCUCAGUCCACAAAGGCGAAAUGAAGAGGUGUGCUACGCGCGCGUUCCCUGAAAUAUUAAGAGCUAACAAUGACAGAUCCCCUGUCUGGACGACGUUCAUAACGGACCUCGUCCGAACCCCCCGGUGGCUCCGUAUAGUUGAGCGCGACCCAAAAUUCAUCAUACUCCGAGAACUCUCCCAGACCAUUUUUACAUUUCCUGACUACACUCCCCCGAAAACGCAUAAGGGCGGGCACCUGCUGAAAUUCAUGAAUCGUGAGGACGCUGAAGGAUUUAUACAUAUCAUGGCGGAACUCGCCGAUGGGAGGAUAUGA